AUGGCAUCGGCUGUCCAGCCUGAGCAAUCCAUCGUGAAGAAGGAUGCCCACCCUUUUGAGCGCGCGCAGCUCGAGGGUCUUAUGACGAAGCGCUUUUUCUACACGCAGGCGUUCGAAAUUUACGGCGGAGUGGCUGGUCUGUAUGACUACGGACCUAGUGGUGCUGCGCUUCAGGCGAACAUCAUCACCCACUGGCGCAACCACUUUAUUAUUGAAGAGGAUAUGCUUGAGCUUGACACGACCAUCAUGACCUUGUCGGAUGUUCUUAAAACCUCGGGCCAUGUCGACAAGUUUGCCGACUGGAUGGUCAAGGACACAAAGAGCGGUGAGAUUUACCGUGCCGACCACAUGGUUGAGGGCGUGCUCGAGGCGCGCUUGAAGGGCGAUGAGGAAGCACGCGCUAAGGAGGCUGGCCAAGCGUCUGUCGCGACUGAGUCGGCGCCCUCCGCUGACGAGAAAAAGACAAAGAAAAAGGCCAAGUCGGUGGCCGUCAAGCUGCCCGAUGAGCAGGUCGCCGAGUUCCGCCGCAUUCUGGCACAGAUCGAUGACUUUAACGGCGAACAGCUGGGUGAGCUGAUCAAGAAGUACGAUAUUCGCGCUCCUGCGACCGGGAAUGAGGUCUCGGCUCCCACAGAGUUCAACCUCAUGUUUGAAAGUUUCAUUGGCCCCACGGGUCAGACCAAGGGCUACCUGCGCCCUGAGACCGCGCAGGGUCACUUUGUGAACUUUGAGCGUUUGCUCGACUUCAACAAUGGACGUGUUCCUUUUGCCAGUGCGCAGAUUGGCAAGAGUUUCCGCAAUGAGAUCAGCCCUCGUGCGGGUCUUUUGCGUGUGCGUGAGUUCACUAUGGCGGAGAUUGAGCACUUUGUCGACCCCGAGAACAAGUCGCACUCUCGCUUCAGUGAGGUGGCCAACCUGGUACUGCCCUUCCUUCCCGCUUCGACGCAGAAGGCCGGUGACACGACUGUGAAGAAGGUGUCGAUUGGCGAGGCUGUGUCGACGGGUAUGGUGAACAACGAGACCCUGGGCUACUUCCUGGGCCGUAUUUACCUAUUCCUCGAGGCUAUUGGCAUUGAUACGAGCCGCCUUCGCUUCCGCCAGCACAUGGAGAACGAGAUGGCACACUAUGCGUGCGACUGUUGGGACGCCGAGAUUCACACUUCGUACGGCUGGAUCGAGUGUGUGGGCUGUGCCGACCGCAGUGCGUUCGACCUGACGAUGCACUCAAAUAAGACGAAGCGAGACCUAAUGGUGCAGGAGCCGCUCAAGGAGCCGAAGGUGUACCAAAAGUACGUGCCGACGGUCAACAAGAAGGUACUCGGGCCCCUGUUCAAGAAGAACGCCAAGCUUAUUGAGGACACGAUCAUGGCCCUGGACCAGGACUCGCUGAAGCAGAUGCAGGCGGACCUGGAGAGUGGCUCGGCUAAGGUGACGGCUGGCAGCGAGACGUUUGAUGUGACGAAGGAGCACGUCACUGUGGAGUACAAGACCAUCAAGGAGAGCGUGCGCAACUUUAUUCCGAAUGUCAUUGAGCCAUCGUUCGGCAUCGGCCGUAUUUUCUAUGCCCUACUGGAGCACUCCUUCUGGGCACGUGAAGAGGAUAAGGAGCGUGGUGUGCUGAGUCUGCCGCCACUCGUGGCGCCUUUCAAGGUGCUCAUUGUUCCGAUCAGCUCGAACGAGCAACUGUCGCCCCUGGCCCGCCAGCUGAGCAAGAAGCUACGUUCUCUCGGUAUCGCUUCGCGUAUCGAUGACAGUAGCGCGACGAUCGGCCGCCGCUACGCGCGCAACGACGAGCUGGGCACGCCGUUCGCAUGCACGAUUGACUUUGCCUCUGUGUCGAAGGGCACUAUUACGCUGCGUGAGCGCGACACGACCACUCAGCGCAUUGGUACGGUGGACCAAGUUGUGGACGUGGUCAAGCAGCUCUGCGAUGGCCGCCUUGACUGGAAGGGCGCGUGCCAGAUCCUGCCCGCAUACACGGGCACCCAGGAUGUAGACAGCGCGUAA